AUGUCUGCCAUGGAAAAUGUCCCGUUGACGAUCAGCUAUUUUGUGCUGGUGUUUAUCGGCAUCACUGGAAAUUCACUUGUAGUUUCAGCCGUAUUAAAAAAUCGAAACAUGCGAUCGACAACGAAUAUUCUACUGGCGUUUGUGUCGGCUGCAGAUUUAAUCUCGCUAAUUUGCUUCCUUCCGUUUGCCAUUCUUCUGACUUUUAAACUUCCAGGAGGAACACUGGGCGCCGUGUUGUGCCAAACGUUUGCGACAGCUAACACAUCCAGCGCGACAAUCGUGGUAUCUAUCACCACUCUGACACUGUUGGCUGUCGAGCGAUUUCGCGCGCUCUUGAAACCCUGGAACAGCCGGCUGCGUUUAACAAAGGACAGCGUUUUCUACUGGAUCUUUGGAAUUUCACUUUACUCCGUUAUUCUUGUCAUCCCUCUUUUCUCAUUUAUGGAGUUCGAUGAAAAAGAAAGAACAUGCUCUGAUUUGAGAGAACUUAAGACGGAAAGACGCAUAUACUACUCAUUGCUUGGUUGCGGAGUGGCUUUGGCUCUUUUUGUGAUUUGCUUUUGCUACUGGCGAAUUAUCCGGGGAUUCUACUUUGGGAGCCAGCGACUAUGCGUUAAUGAAGAAUUACAGCAGAAAAGGAGGGUCGUAAAGUUACUGCUUCUGAUAACUUUGGCUUUCAUAAUCUGUUUUACACCUCGCGCCGUCUAUUUUCUUUUCUUUUAUUCCAACAGAGGCCCUUUUAAUCAAAUUUCUUUCUUUCUGNCUCUUGAAACCCUGGAACAGCCGGCUGCGUUUAACAAAGGACAGCGUUUUCUACUGGAUCUUUGGAAUUUCACUUUACUCCGUUAUUCUUGUCAUCCCUCUUUUCUCAUUUAUGGAGUUCGAUGAAAAAGAAAGAACAUGCUCUGAUUUGAGAGAACUUAAGACGGAAAGACGCAUAUACUACUCAUUGCUUGGUUGCGGAGUGGCUUUGGCUCUUUUUGUGAUUUGCUUUUGCUACUGGCGAAUUAUCCGGGGAUUCUACUUUGGGAGCCAGCGACUAUGCGUUAAUGAAGAAUUACAGCAGAAAAGGAGGGUCGUAAAGUUACUGCUUCUGAUAACUUUGGCUUUCAUAAUCUGUUUUACACCUCGCGCCGUCUAUUUUCUUUUCUUUUAUUCCAACAGAGGCCCUUUUAAUCAAAUUUCUUUCUUUCUGAUACAUUCCAACUCAGCCACGAAUCCGAUUAUUCUCUGGUUUCAAAGUCAAAAUUUUCGAGCAGAAUUCAAAAAUAUGGUGAGCGAAAUCAACUGCAAAAUCAAGAGGUUGACAUGUUUUGUCUCAAAUAAUUAA